AUGUCGUUCGACUUAGACGAUGAUGACACGCUCAUAUCGAGUCCACGCAUCGAUAGAUAUGAAGGCGAAGAUACCAGUCCCACCACCGACCGCGAAUUGAAAGCUUGGUAUGCUUAUCCAAUUGCGGCCGAAGUCUUCGCUGUGGUCGCAGUAGGGGCCUUCCUCCCCGUCAUCCUCGAGCAGCUCGCGCGAGAAAAUGGCGUUUUCUUCUCCGAUCAUUCCAAACCGUGUGUUGAUCAUUCCGCAUCCGGAAGACUCCGGAUACGCGACGAUGCAGGCCAGAAAGCUGGAGGGGGAGACUCUGAGCAAUGCAUGGUAAGGUACCUGGGGAGAGACAUGUCGACGAGCAGUUUUGCCAUGUAUACUUUCUCUACGGCUGUGUUGCUCCAGGCUGUAGUCUUGAUAUGUUUUAGUUCCUUCGCCGAUCACGGCCCAUACCGCAAGAAGAUGCUCAUGUUCACAUCAUACAUGGGCGCCCUGGCAAGCUGUCUGUUCAUCUUCAUCUCCCCAUCACUUUACUACCUGGCUCCAGUCCUAGUACUUGUUGGAGUUUCAAGUCUAGGCUGUUCAUUUGUCCUGCUAAACGCUUUCUUACCACUACUCGUCGCCAACCAUCCAGACAACAACACAGCCGGGAAAUCGCUUUCGUCCGACUCAGCCUCAGACGUCGAGCUAGAAUCCCUAAACCCCAUCAACGGACCUUCUUCGUCUGCCCACCACCAUUUCGAUCCGGAUCGAUUGAAGCGAGAUCUAGAACGAAGCGCGCAAAUCUCAAGUAAAGGCGUGGGGUAUGGUUACAUGUCCGCUGUUUUCGUCCAGGUAGUGGCCAUUUUGAUCAUCUACCUUUUCAGCAAAACCAGCCUUUCGAAAACCUCUCCUAGUCUCUCCAUUCGGGUAAUCCUCUUCAUGGUCGGCUUGUGGUGGGCCAUCUUCUCCAUCCCGACGCUAUUGUGGCUACGUCCGAGACCAGGUCCACCAUUACCCACACAGGAUAACCAGGGUUUUGCCGGAAGGAAGUCAUCAUCAAGGCUGAGAACGUUCUUGUUCUACACGUCCUUCUCUUUACGUAGCUUCUACAGGACACUUAAGAGAGCGAUCAAAUUACGACAGACGCUACUUUUUCUGAUAUCAUGGUUCCUGCUGUCAGAUGCUGUGGCAACGAUAUCCGGGACUGCUGUUCUCUUCGCACGUACGGAGUUGCAUAUGGGCACCAUCGCUAUCGCGCUGCUCUCCAUAACAUCCAUCGGAUCUGGCAUCGUAGGCGCAUUUGCAUGGCCUCGUGUACAGCGGCACUAUGGUCUACAGCCCAAGACUGUACUACUGUGUUGUGUAGCGGGCAUGGAAAUCAUCCCUUUGUACGGGUUACUCGGGUUCAUCCCUGCGUUCAAGAGCUUGGGAUUCAUUGGUCUACAGAAAGCAUGGGAGAUUUAUCCCAUCGCUGUCAUCCAUGGGAUAGUCAUGGGUGGAAUAUCGUCGUAUGCGCGAUCGGUCUACGCUCCCUUGAUACCCGAGGGCAGUGAGGCCGCGUUCUUUGCGCUAUAUGCUGUUACAGACAAGGGUAGCAGUGCGUUUGGGCCAGCUCUUGUAGGUUGGAUUGUUGAUCAGGCGGGUACAAUACGCCCGGCUUUCAUCUUCCUGUCGGUCCUGGUACUCCUGCCUGCACCAUUGUUGUGGCGUUUAGAUGUAGAGAAGGGGAGGGACGAUGCGCGUGCCAUGGCAGACGGAGAUAUGAAGGGACGGGGGAUGUACGAGAGAGUUCGUGAAGAAUAA